AGCGGUGGCCAGGUCUCUACUUCCUUCUCCGCCAUUUUCCCUCUGCAACUGAAGGGCCGAUUUCAUAAGAUCGAAAGAUGCAGAGGAGACGACUAGCGACCCAUUCGUAAGCGUAAAAGUCGUACGAGAGGUUGCCAUAAGGAUGUCAAGGCCGUGGCUCCUUGUUUUCCUGCUUUUGCUGAUUGUGUUUACGUCUCAGUUUGAGUGGAAGCAACAAUUUGGUAAUGAGAAUGAUAUGACUCCGAACAAGUCACAGAAGGAGCAAUAUGUUUCCGAAAGGGAAGAAGCCGUGAAAGAAAAGGUUAUCCUCUCUCAAGAGAAAAACAUUCAGAAACUCAAUGAGAUUGUCCAAACUCUCCGCCAACAGCUGCACCAGUGCAGGGGCGAAAAUGAUAGCAGUGGAUCUUCUGGUCCUUUAACUGAAAUACUGACAGAGCUUGAUAGGCAUCCGAUCUUGGAGGACUAGUCAUGUAACAUUACUGAGCUUCAUGAUUGUAAGUAAUUGAAUUGUGUAUUUCUAUAGGAGCAUUUUGCAUGAGUGUGAUUUACCAUGCAAA